UGGCCAGGCACCGAGGGAGCGAGAGGAGGAGGAGAUACUGAGAUGAACCGUCACCUCUGUGUUUGGCUCUUUAGACAUUCAUCUCUUCAUGGUCAUCACCAGUGCCACAUCCCCCUCCUUUUUCAUCAAUUUACACAGAUACAUCUUGAUACAAGGCUGGGGAUUUUUAGACAAAACAGGAAUCACAUUCUCCAUAGUCUGUUAAAUAAGAAUUGCUCUAAGAGAUUCUGUCAUCAAAACACCAAGAUGCUCUGGAAGCAUAAAGCAUUACAGAAAUAUAUGGAGGACCUGAAUAAGGAGUACCAAACACUUGAUCAGUGUUUGCAGCAUAUCUCUGUGAAUCAAGGGGACCAAAGGUCCUUGAAUCGAAGACAUGCUGAGUUGGCACCACUUGCAGCCCUUUACCAAGAAAUUCAGGAGGCCGAAAAAGCAAUUGAAGAAUUAGAAUCAAUGUGUAAAAGUCUAAAUCAACAAGAUGAAAAGCAGUUACAAGAACUUGCAUUGGAAGAGAGGCAAACCAUUGCUCAAAAAAUUAACGUGUUAUACAGUGAGCUUUUCCAGAGUUUAGUGCCAAAGGAAAAAUAUGACGAAAAUGAUGUUAUUUUAGAGGUGACAUCUGGAAGAACCACUGGAGGUGAUAUCUGCCAACAAUUUACCCGGGAAAUAUUUGACAUGUACCAGAAUUAUUCAGGCUAUAAACACUGGAAAUUUGAACUUCUGAAUUAUACACCUGCUGAUUAUGGUGGGCUACAUCAUGCAGCUGCGCGAAUUUCUGGUGACAAUGUCUAUAAGCAUUUGAAGUAUGAAGGUGGGAUUCACCGAGUUCAGCGAAUCCCUGAGGUGGGCCUGUCGUCAAGGAUGCAGCGUAUUCACACAGGAACAAUGUCAGUUAUUGUCCUUCCUCAACCACAUGAGGUAGACGUGAAAGUGGACCCUAAGGAUUUGCGAAUAGAUACAUUUCGAGCCAAAGGAGCUGGAGGCCAGCAUGUUAAUACAACUGAUAGUGCUGUCAGACUUGUCCAUGUCCCCACAGGGCUUGUAGUAGAAUGCCAACAAGAACGAUCACAGAUAAAAAAUAAAGAAAUAGCUUUGCGUGUAUUGAGAGCUAGACUUUACCAGCAGAUGAUUGAGAAAGACAAGUGUCAACAACAAAGUGCUAGAAAACUACAGGUGGGAACAAGAGCCCAGUCAGAGAGAAUUCGGACAUAUAAUUUCACCCAGGACAGAGUCACUGACCACAGGAUAGCAUAUGAAGUUCGUGACAUUAAGAAAUUUUUAUGUGGGGAGAAGUGCCUGGAUCAGCUAAUUCAGAGACUGCUUCAAUCAGCAGAUGAAGAAGCUAUUAUUGAGUUUUUGGAUGAAAAUCUUAAGUCAACAAAAUGCUGAUUUAUUAUUUACUAGAGGCCCGAUGCACGAAAUUCAUGCAAGAGUAGGCCUUCCUUACCCCGACUGCUGGCACCGGCUUCCCUCUGGCACCUGGGACCUGGGCUUCCCUCUGGCCACCAGCAGGCACCGGGAUCCAGGCUUCCCUCGCAGCCCCAGCUUCAUCUGGAAGUUCUUCCAGAAGGACGUCCGGUCUGAUUAGCAUAUUACACUUUUAUUAUUUUAGAUAAUUACAUAAGUAAAAUGGACCUAUGUCAGGAAGCUGACAGAGGCAUGGGAAUCUUUGAGACUAUUCAUAAAGUACAGGUAAAA